CCGCCCACGUUCUGCCAACGCGACACGACCAUUCGUAUAUGCCCAAGUUCGUUGUCGCCCACAAGUCCGGCGCUCACAGACUCGCGGCGAUCGCGCUCUAUCGCGCCCUGCUCUCGCAAUGUAACAAACUCGACAUUCCAGCCCAGCGCCGCUACGAACUGAACAAUGUCGUCCGAUGUCGUUUCGCAGGCUUCCGACACACGACGUCGCACCGCCAGUUGAAGCUAUUGUUCGAAGCUGGCUACGAAGCCAUUGACCAUCUGGAUGCUGCAGUGGCCGGCGAUGCGGACAGCAAGCAAUAUGUGCUGGAUCUGCUACAGAGGGCGCCGAAGAAUGUGAAGAACGGGCCCUUGAUCACGCGGCGCUCGAUUAGCGAAGAGUACAAUGAGCCUUUUGACUACAAAAGUGAGAGCACGGAGACAGAUAACGCUGCGGUCGUGGAGGAUGCGGCUAGCACGGGUACGCGUUGCGAGGUCGUCCUGGUCAAGCGCAACAGCGACACUGGCCGUAUCACAGAAGGGCUGUCCCAAGGCGACGUGAUCAGGCCGCCAAUCUCGAAAUAUGUCUUCGACUCAACAACGUUGCGUGACACAGACUCGCCGCCCAAGUUUCAGUACCGCCCAGCAGACGCAGCGACCAUUCCCCCUUCUCCACCUUCCGUUCUUGAGCAUGCCACUCCCAGAGAAUGGCUGGGCGGCUCCGGGCAACGGCACAUCCCCAAGGUCUUCAGCGCCAACGCCAUACCGGUCUUACGCAUGAAGAAACCUCAGCCAUUGGCUUUGACAAGGUAUCUCAACUCUCGCAUCAAGCAGCGCCAAAAACGACACGACUUGCGACAUCAUUUGCAGGAGCAGGAGGGUAUCGCAGCUCAAGAGGACGAAUGGGAUGACAUAUUGCUUGCUUAUGCUGGUAUCAGCGAUGCCGGCUCUCAUGCAAUCAGUCGGUCUCGGACCUCGCCUCAGGAGCCUCGCUGGGGUUCGGAGGUGAGCAGGUCUGUGAGAGAGGUGAAUGCCUACCUGAACGAGGAAAAGGCAAAGAAUCGACUCAUGGCAGAGAAAAUGUAUGCUGUCGUCGAUCGAGAAGAAAGCCUGGCAGAGCAAGAGAGGCAAGAGGAUAAGAGACGGAGGAACGAGAUUGCGGAAGGGCUUGCGGGAUUGAGUGGCAUGGUUGGAGGUAGCGGUAGUGCUGAUGACACAUUCUCUCGUUCCACUAGCUGAAGAUGACUUGGUUCCGGAGUCGAACCCUCUACGCUAUCACGGAUCCUGCAAGACAUCAUACGUGCUGGUGCUCAACAAUCUCAGACUACUGCGCUUCCAAAGAAUUCGGGAUUCGACCAACAAACAAGCACAAUCUCGCCAACAUUCUCCGUCGUUGCACACGUCUUCUUCCUGCCACUUGCACCGCUGACAACAU